CUCUGUGUGGGUUGUAGGUAUCUACAGAGUGAAAAACGACUUUGACAAUUAUUAUUUUUUGCAUGAUCUACCGAAAACAACUAUUCAUGUCUGAUGGCAAUUGUUUGAAAUGAAGUAUUGUUUCCGGUGGAACUUUUCUCGUUCCUGACCACUCUAACAGUUUUCUUUUGUUUCAGUAAAUUCUUCAUCAGUGUCCACCUACAGUCCGACGAGCACACCUCAGCCGCAAAUAUCUGAAUCCUCAGCAGAUGAAUCUCGAACAACCAGUAGUAGACAGUCUCCUCAACCCUCUUCCACCAGUGCAAACGCGCAAGGAAAACCUCCGUACUCGUAUGUAGCGCUAAUCACGAUGGCAAUUCAAAACUCAAAUGCGAAACGGGCCACCCUAUCAGAAAUAUAUACGUACAUCACUGCAAAGUUUCCUUAUUUCGAACGCAAUAAAAAAGGCUGGCAAAAUUCCAUCCGUCACAAUUUGUCCUUAAACGAAUGCUUCGUUAAAGUUCCGCGUGAAGGUGGAGGCGAACGUAAAGGGAACUACUGGACGUUGGAUCCCCAAUGCGAAGAUAUGUUCGAAAAUGGAAAUUAUCGCCGACGUAGACGAAUGAAACGCCCCUACAGAUCCGCUCAACCGUACGCAAAGGCGUUCUUUGGCGAUCCUUUGGGUCAGCACGGGUUGCCACUGGCGCGUAAUAUAUUCACACCACCAACUUAUCCUCCGCCGUACUCGCGGUACGAUACCGCAUCGUGGCUCGGACAGUCUCAGAUAGCCUACUCAAGCUGUUCCACUCCGUCGUACACGCAGCAAGGAUACCCUUCCCCCGCAUUUAGUGCUUGUGGUGUUCGCCAAGACAGUUCCCGUUAUCCGUCUUACUGGCCGCCCGAUAUGGUGACAAUCAAAGAAGAACCAACUAGUCCUACAUUUCCCAAGUGUUUCAUGUGAGUCGCUAUCUUCCUGCUCCCAAACACCUUCACGCAGGACUAUGCAUUCAACUGCGACCUGGCAGUGAUACACGAAGAACUUUUUUAUAUAUGUUGAUUAAUGUCGUCCGUCCAAGUUUUCUUAACUGUUCUUUGUUUAUCCUUAUAAUUCAUUCUCUACGCGAACGCACUGAUGUCGCUAGAUAACACUAUUUUAAUGUAUAUUACUUUCGUUAUCAUUUACACUAUUACUUUUAAUUGUUUCUGUUAGAAGAAGAAUUUUAAAGACACCUGUAGAUACGCUUUCAUCAGUAUUUGAUUAGAAAUAUAAUUACAUGUUACCUGUCCUUAGAUUUGUAUUUUUAACUUCUUUCAUUAAAGCAUGUACCUAAAAACUGUUUUUAUUUUAUUUCGCUUACAAUAA